CCGGCAGCCAUGGCGGUGGAAGGAGGAAUGAGAUGUGUCAAGUUCUUGCUCUACGUCCUUCUGCUGGCCUUUUGCGCCUGUGCAGUGGGACUAAUCGUCGUGGGCGUAGGGGCCCAGGUGGUCCUGAGUCAGACCAUAACCCAUCCAGCUUCCCCCGUCUCCCUGUUGCCUGUGGUCAUCAUUGCAGUGGGUGUCUUUCUCUUCCUCGUGGCCUUGGUGGGCUGCUGUGGGGCCUGCAAGGAGAACUACUGUCUUAUGAUCACAUUUGCCAUCUUCCUGUCUCUUAUCAUGCUGGUGGAAGUGGCAGCAGCCAUUGCUGGUUAUGUGUUUAGAGACAAGGUGAAAAGAGAGUUUAAUAAGGACUUCCAGGAGCAGAUGCUGAAUUACUUGAAAGAUAACCAUACAGCUGAACUCCUGGACCGAAUGCAGAACCAGUCUCACUGCUGCGGGGCUACUAACUACACAGACUGGGAGAACAUCACAGGCAUGGGCAAGGACCGAGUCCCUGACUCCUGCUGCAUCAACUUUGCCGUGGGCUGUGGGAUUAAAUUCAAUGUGAAGAACAUCAAUAGGGAGGGCUGUGUGGAGAAGAUUGGCGACUGGCUGAGGAAAAACGUGCUGGUGAUAGCUGCAGCAGCCCUGGGCAUUGCUUUUGUAGAGGUCCUGGGGAUCGUGUUUGCCUGCUGCCUCGUGAAGAGUAUCCGAAGUGGCUAUGAGGUGAUGUAGGGGGUCUGGCCUCUUCAGCCCCCUCAUCUAGGGGAGUGGAGUAGAAUCCUCCAGCUUUUUCAAUUAAACGGAUUAUUUUUUCAGACCCAAAA